AUGUCCGACCCUAUCUCUCGUCAUGGGACACCGCACCAAGUGGAAUCCUUGCAGGCGACAACUAGAGCGCCGGCCAUGAUCACCGAACCUGACGAAGCGAAUCCAGAUGUCCUUGGAGUCAGUCAAGGGGGAAGAGAAACGACAUUGAUGGAUGGAUCUGGAUCUCGGCACGAGAGCCUCUCAGGACCUCUACAGGCAGCCCAGUUCAACCUCCAAGGUAAUCACCUCAGUGGAAACACCACGAUCGUCAGCGGGAACCUGACGCAAAUUACGAACAUCGUGCAGCCAAGAGUUCCAGAACAAAAAAGGGGAUACCAAGGUCAUUUGGGGAACUGGGAUUCAUCUCGCCUCAUUGAGGACCUGGAACCUCUCGAAAAGCAACCCGACAAGAAGAUUUGUAUUCUCUAUGCUUACUGCCGAUACACGGAGGCGUUGACUGUCAAGGACAUCCUCGAAGGGCUCAUCAAGCAAUGCCUUGAACGUCAUACCGAGCACGUGCUAGUCGCCGCCAUCCUUCCCGUCCUUGAGCGCCACCGUCGCGAGAAAACCCGACCUUCUCUCAAGGAGCUCAUGGAUCUCCUCCGCACCAUUGAGGAACACUUCGAUAUUGUAUUCUAUAUCAUCGACGGCCUGGACGAGGCGCUGAUCACGGUUCAGUUCGAUCUCAUCAAGGCGAUUAACUCCCUGAAAGGACGCUUUGCCAUCACCUCCCGGCCGCUUCAAACACUGGAAACGACCUUCGUUCCGCCGUCUUCUAUCAGGUUUAUCCACGCUGCACUGCAGGUAGAAGCUCUCGGACUUUGCAGAAGCUUUAAGGAUCUAGAAGAUGUCCUGAAUGAUUUGCCCCUCUCACUCGAAGACAUGUACCGCCAGACCGUUCAGCGAAUCCAAGCACAGCCUGCUUUCCAAACCGACCUGGGGAUAAGGGCUCUUCUUUGGGUGGUUUUUUCGCGACAGGCCUUGCAUAUCGAGGACGUAUUGUGUGCGGUUGCCGCCGACGCAGAAACGCACGUGGUAGAUGAGGAAAGGAUGGUCGACCAAGAGUCACUCAUCUCGGCGUGUUGUGGAUUGAUCGAGGUGGACGAUUUCCUUCGAGUUCGGCUUGUUCACUAUACGGCUCAAGAAGCGCUUCCAACAAUCCUAUUGGAAUACUACCCCCAGCCUCACGUAAUGCUUGUUCAGGUCUUGAUGCAGAGGCUUAUUUCCCUAGGCCUGCCCCAAUCCCGUGUCAAGGGCGAAUGGGAGCUAGAACUAGUCCUCCAGCCUCCUCUUGCGCGGUAUGCUGACAAUCACUGGUACUCCCAUUACCACCACUGCAAGGGUAUUUCCGAGGUCGAAAGCGCAGUCUUCAACUUUGUAAAGCAGUGCACUUCUUUCCCCCUCAGGCCUUGGGGCCCAUUCAGCGAUCUCAGGACCCUGUCAGUGAUGAAGUUCAACCCUCUACACAUGGCGGUCUUCUAUGACCUCGCCGCCCUUAUUCCACGCUUGGUGACCGUGGACGGUGCUUCUCCUGAUGGCCUAUACGACGUCAAUUCAGCUACCGAUAACGAUUCGAUCACGCCCCUAUUUCUCGCCUCAUGGCUCGGCCAUGUCUCGAUUGUCGAGGACCUCCUCGUCUACAGGACCAUCGACCCGAAUAUGGCCACUAAGGAAGGCACUGUGUUGGUUCAAGUGGUUCGGAAGGCGCAUUGUCACGACGCCGGACCCUGUGAAGGCCCUUGCCCCACCUUGGCACGUCUUCUACAAAUCAAGAACAUACAGGUCAACGCUCGCGACCAGUGGGGGAAGGCCGCCUUAAUCUACGCAGUAGAGUCCAGCGCUGUACCAUUUGUGGAGCAAUUGCUUCAGCAUCCCGACAUCGACGUCAACGCACGCGACAACAAUGGAGACACAGCGUUGGUUUAUGCGGUACGCUCACGCAACCUACACCUUGUGCGCCUUCUACUCGCAGUAGACGGCAUACAAGUCAAUGCUGCGAACCGACAUGGACAAACAGCUUUGAUCGCCGCCUGGAAAUCCGGGUACCACAUCGACCUAGUAGCAGAGGUAGUUCACGAACUUCUCAACUCCUAUUUUUUGGAUGUCAUGGUCACGGAUGACAGGGGCGACACUGCGUUAAUCCUGGCAACGUUCAGUAAUCUCCCAGACAUCGUACGUCGAAUGCUCCAAUCGGACAGCAUACGGGUCAACGCUGCAAAUAGGAUUGGACAUACCGCUCUGAUGGUCGCCUCUUACUGUGGUUACAAGGACAUCACGAAGGACCUACUUCGAUUGAAGGGAAUCAAUGUCGCGGCUGUCGACUGGGAAGGAAACACCGCGGUUCACCUGGCAUCGCGGUGGGGACACGACGACGUGGUGGAACAGCUCUCCCAAGUCGACGAAGCUGUUCUCAACAUGACCAACGCCAAGGGUCAGACUCCGAUUAUGAUAGCCUCCUCUUCAGGCUCGGGAAAGGUGGACGUGAACGCUGUGGAUUACUCGGGUUCCACGGCGCUCUCUCUAGCCUAUACCCAUCACUACUGGCCUGUCGUCCUCAACCUUCUCCAAGCCGAUGGGAUCCAGGUCGACAUCUUCAGCAACGAAUGGGGAAGGCGGCCCACAGCAACUUCAGCACUUCGCCAUGAUAACGACCGCCUCGACCUCCACGUCAAUGCCAAGGAUAGCAAUGGACAGACUGCACUCAUGUGGGCAUCGUACCACGGCCACAGCAGGGCGGUUGAACGACUUCUCGGUUGGAGAGGGAUCGAUGUCAAUUGCACGGACGAACAUGGUCGCAGCGCUAUAAUUUAUGCUGUGUGGUGUGGUCAUCAGGACAUUGUCGACCUGAUCCUGCAGUCGGGGAAGGUGGAUAUCGAGCUUAGGUGUUUGCAUGGACAAGAUGCUGCAUCCUACGCUGCCGCGCAGGGACAUGAAGGGAUCCCCUUGAGCUUCGCUUCUUAA